AUGCGAACUGUCAAUCUCCACUUCCUGUUGUUGUCCAUCCUAUUGGUCAUAUCCUGUUGUUGUCUAUUGAAUGUCAUCUUGUGUGAUGAAUGUCCAACCAGCAUCACAAGAGAUUUUUUAAUUGGAAAGAAUUUCACAACAACCAUGAACGGUUUUAAAUACUCGACCAAUCCUAGCAAUUUCAAUCAAAUGCACAUGUUUUUCAGUGAACAGUAUGCACAUGUACAAGUUGUUGAUUUUAAUUAUGAAGGAAAUACAAGAGAUCUUGUGAUUGAGUUCUCAGUUAGCUAUACUAUUUUCGACGAAAGUAUUAGAUUGGGCAGUGCAUCACUUACUCCAUGUUAUGAAUAUUUUGGCAAAUUAUUUGAACAAAGUGAAAGAUAUCCUACUACUUUCUGUGAUGAAUUUGUAGAAAAGAAGGAUUGGUUCGUCACUGAAGACAUGCAACACAAAUUUUAUGUUAAAUUUUCAGAGACGAAAACACUUUCGAGAUUUAAAUUGGGAAAUUUUGAAAUGAUGAUUGAAACUAUUGAAGGACCUUUGUGUAAUGGUUCUCAGUCCCUAGUUAUUGGUGAAUUUGAAAUUUUCUCAAACUAUUCCCUUAUUAAUUCAAAUGUCAAGUCAUGUGUCAAUUCUAAUGAUAAGUGCAAUUUGUGCAAUGAUCAAAAAUUGAAGAAUAUCUUAUUUGGAAAAUUGAAUAGAAAUUCUGCAUGUACUGAAUUCUCUGUUUCAAAUGCUCAAAAUUUUACUGUCAAUGGUCAAUCACCUUCUCCAUUUAAUCCAAAAAAGGAUGACAGUUCAGAUAUUGGAAUUAUCGUUGGAGCAACCAUAGGUGGUCUUUUCGUGAUUAUUUGUUUCUCUGCCUCAAUUAUUGGAUUACUUUACAUGUUUUAUCAGGAGGAAAUGAGUUUAAUUUCAACCAUUCACACAAAAUCGGAGAUCACCAUCCAACACUUGGCACUACAAAUUGAAGAACCAUUAAAACUUGCAAGAAAUGACGGUAUUAUUGUAUUCAAAUCUAAAUAUAUUGGAACCGAUGUAAAUUUAAAUGGUCAUUAUGUUGUUAAAAUUAUUAACAAUGGAGAUUAUGAUCAUGAUUAUCAUGAUUCUAAUAAUGUUGGUGGUGAUGACGAUGGUGGUGAGGAAAAUGCAAAUGAUUUGUCAAUUUAUAAUUAUGGAGAAAUUGAACAUAAUAUGAAAGCUAAACAAAUGCACAAUGCAAAUAUAUUAACUUAUGAAAUCACUGAAAAGAAUGGAAAUGAAGCUAUUAUUAUUUCCAAAUAUAGAGGUAUUAAUUUGUCUAAUUAUAGAAAUUUGAAAACUAAACUCUAUUUGGGAAAUUUACUUCAAAUUCUAAUUAAAACCAGUCAUGGACUAAAAUCUCUUCAUGAUAACAAUUUAAUUCAUUGUGAUAUCAAACCAGACAAUUUAUUCCUCCAAGAAACAAUAAUUACCAAAAAAGAGGAUAAUAUUCUCCAUAUAGAGACAAUUAUUGGAGAUUUGGGAAGUGUUAGAGAGAAUGCAUGUCCAAUACCUUCUGAUAGAAUUGGUGUCACUGUUACAAAA